UAAGGAGCCAGCAAACGAGUACAAUUGUACACCAUGGCAGUGUGCGACACGCCUCUAAGCUGCUGAUUGCAGUCGUGUAAAGCACACUUCACGCGCCAGCAUAGACACGGGGUCAGCAACACUCCACAGUGCACAACACAUACUAAAGCAGACGAGCAACAACACGGGGCAACAACGGAGAAGUGCUGUUGUUCGGUGAAGUGCCCAAAAAAUAGUCGACAAGACAAGUAGCUGUUUUCAUCUCAUCCGCUGUAAAAAAACAGGCAACAGCCGAAGAGGAGCCUUCGUUCGAGUGUGGGGUGGUGCAUCACAGUAGCAGCAGUCAAAAGAGAAAGCAUCCCACCAACCACCCCCCCCGGGUGUAAGAGGAUAUGUUCGAGGCAAAUUGGGUGCACUGCAGCAAUAGUGCAGGUGUGUGAGUUUUGGGCAAUCGGCUCCAUUCGUUUCACCGUGUCUAAAAAUCAGCUGGUGCAGUUUUGCUGCGUGCUUGUUGAAAGCCGCGCGCGCACUCCACAUAUUCGAUCGCGUACGUACGCACCACGGAAUCUAUUACACCUGCGCGUGUGUGUUUGUGUGCGCGCGUUUGUUUCGCUUACCGUACGAUCGCGUCUGUAGUGUGUCUGUGGUGCAGCCGCUGGUUGAUAUUAUGGUUAGUCAUCAUCGAUCGAUUCGCCACGCUUCACGGCAGUGCCACUAGGAGAAGAAGUGAAUGCAACAGCUAUUGUGAACGUGUCUGUCUGUGUGUGUAAAUGUUUCUCAUUGUGCGCGGGAGUGCGUACAUGUGUGCGAAAUAUCUUUGUGUGUGAUGAUCGACGGAAGGUAUCAGCCUCCAAACGUGGCCGCUCGUUGCUGAUCGCGAACGAAGAAAAAGGCCCUGGAUUCGCGAUCGAGCGUGAGGAUUACGUGCAAAGUGAAAGAAGCUAUUGGGCUGCAUUGGGAAUGUGAUAUUGUUAUCAUACAUAUGUGUGUGUGUUUGUGUAAAUCCAAAAAGGAAGCAAUUGAUACGCAGUGUGUUAUCACCACCUGAAGAGAGAAGAAAAAAAAAAACGUCGCAAUAGGCAAUAGGAAAGGAGUCUAAGUGAGGUGGCAGCGUGGCACAAGCGAGUUUCACCAGAUGAUCGAGGUGACGGUGAUCCCAUCGUAACCCGUUCGCAACGAAGUAGUAAAACCAGAAUUCCUGCCACCGCAAAAAAAACGAAGCACAAAAAUUUGCCAAAAGCGUGGAAAAAUAUCCAUUUUUACGGCAUCUUCGAUUUGACGUCAAUCGAUACGCACAACUACUUGUAAGCCAUCCAUCUUACAACAGCUAGAAAACACUACUUCAUCUACAAAAACCCAACAUCUCGCAGGACACUCGCGGCAGGAUAUCAGACCAGCAGCGAUCAGUUGGGCUUUAUAUUGGCAUACAUUGUGACACAUACAAUUCACACCCGCACACCCACAACGGCAACCCAAAACCUACCAUCGUACACCAAAUCACCUAAACCACCGCCGGCAACGUUCCAACGUUUCGACCACAGUAACACAUAGACUCCGGGAGGAAGAAUCGUCAAAUUAGUGUGUACACAUUUUAUGCCAAAUUUCGUAAAAAAAAACUAAACUGAACGGAAAACUAUUAUCCCUCCCGUGUAUCGUUGCCCAAUCCUCGUAGUAGUGCGCAAGCAAGCAGACACAACCAGCCUAGCCGAAAAAAAAAGCCAGCUUUGUUCGUGUAGAGUUUUCCUUCGUUUUCCUGUCCGUUUGGACCGCGUGGGUAGUAGGUACCGUCUGCCUAACAUACGCUCGUCAAUAAUUUAAAAGUAUUAAAUAUUAAUUGGGGUUUUUGUUUUUCUUCGGAAGGGUUAUACGGUUAACCGGUGUUGUUGUAUUACGCUUGUUUAUUUUUUUUUGUUUAUGCCAUCCGUGUAUCUGUGUUUUUGUGACCUCUGUUAUUAGUUUAGUUUAUGUUUUGUCUUUUAGUUUUCACUUUUAGUUGAAACUAGCUCGCCUCGGUAGAUUAGUACAUCACACAUCUCAACACAAGUACGCUUUAUUUAUACAUUAUUAAUAUACACAUCCCUGCAAUCCGUACGAUUAAUGCUGAAGAUAAACUUCCUGUCAAUUGUUUAAUUUCUUGUGAUUUUCUUCAGAAGCAAGACGCUUAAACGCUUAAAGCGUAAGGUGCUACGAACAUUUUUGAAAACAAGUAUAUUUAACAGUAUUUUUGUUAAAAUCGGUUCAACGGGAAUUUUGGGGUUUUAAAGCCGUAAGUUUCCAAUAUACCCAUCGCAACGAGCAACGAGUAAGAGAUUUAUUUAUUAGUUUCGCACAAAUACCUGCACUCAAUGCAAGUGAUACGCACACAAGAUACACAGUAUAAGGAUUUUUUUAUUUAUUAAACUGUGUGCAGUCAUAUAAGAAAUAUAUACAGGAUAAGAAUCUAUGGAUAUGGUUAGUAAAAAUAGGAAACCUAUCAGCACACUUCAUUAGCGCAGUAAAUGAUUUACGAUCUACGCGAUUUACAAAGACAGGAGAAUAUAGGAAAUACCUACAAGUUUUGGCAGGUAUAGUGCAUUGAUUUGUACGCUACUCCAGGGCAACGUAAAGCGACGAAAAGCUCUUUUUGGCGUUCGUCGCUUAAUAGACAUUCCGUGCUUCCGUAACGGCUGCAGGUCGCUUCUCGUCUUGCAAAUCAAUACUCCGAGCGACACAAGCACUAUCUUGCAGCAAAGAUAAAACCAUGAACUAAUUUCCAUUGGAAAAAGCGUAUAAGGAAGCGGUUCAUUAUCCUUUUGCACAAACGGGAACACAAGCCGCACACAUUCGAAACAAUCGGCUGAGAGCGGAACUAUAGAAAAGGGACGUGAAUUAAAUACUCUCGAGACGCCAAUCAUCUCCCUCACAUCACCAUCAACCAUCACCAUCCUGUCGCGUGUCGUGUCCCACCUGCCGCCAUUCCUUCAUUUUCCUCCCGCCGCGCUCCGCUAGUAUGACCCUCACGGUGUCGGAAACGGACAGCAAUAGUCUAAGGAAUCCGGACAUGACCGAAACUCUACCAAGCUCUGAACUAUCCCUACUAGCCAAACUGGAGGCCGCCAACAAGCUGAUCGAGAGUGACUCGAAGAGUCUCAACUCGCUGCAGAGUUCGGCCCACAGCCGUAAGAGCUCCGACACGAGCCAGAUCAGUUUAAAUUCGGGCGCCUCCUCGGUCGGUGAGGAGGAUGUCUGGUCAACGUGGGCCAGCAUCGUCACCGACUGGGAGGCGAGCCAGAAGCGUAAAGGACCGACGGUAAAGGAGCUGGUGCGCAAAGGCAUACCACACCACUUCCGGGCGAUCGUAUGGCAGCUGCUGUGUGGAGCGUCCGAUGCGGACAAAAAGCAGUACGCCGAGUACAUCAAGGCGACGAGUGCGUGCGAGAAGGUGAUUCGUCGUGACAUUGCCCGCACCUAUCCGGAACAUGACUUCUUCAAGGAGAAGGAUGGGCUAGGCCAGGAAGCAUUGUUUAAUGUGAUGAAGGCGUACUCAUUGCAUGAUCGCGAAGUUGGCUACUGUCAGGGAUCUGGUUUUAUUGUUGGACUACUGCUAAUGCAGAUGCCGGAAGAGGAAGCGUUUGCAGUGUUGGUGCAAAUUAUGCAACAGUAUCGAAUGCGCGACAUGUUCAAACCCUCCAUGGCGGAACUCGGUCUGUGUAUGUACCAGCUGGAAAAUAUCGUGCAGGAGCAAAUACCGGAGCUUCAUCUGCAUUUUCAAUCGCAAAGCUUCCAAACGUCUAUGUACGCAUCGAGCUGGUUCCUGACGCUGUACACUACCGCGCUUAACCUAACGCUCAGUUGCCGGAUAAUGGAUGUGUUCCUGUCGGAAGGAAUGGAGUUUAUUUUCAAGGUCGCGAUUGCACUUCUUACGAUUGGCAAGGACACGUUGCUUUCGUUAGACAUGGAAGCGAUGCUUAAGUACUUCCAGAAAGAGCUUCCGCAAAAAGUUGAAAAUGAUGCCGACGGACUGUUCAAUCUGGCCUUCCAGGUGAAGAUCAAUACGAAAAAGAUGAAAAAGAUGGAGAAAGAAUAUGCUGAUCUUCGUAAGAAGGAGCAGGAGGAAAUGGUGGAACUAAGGCGACUACGAAGCGAAAACCGUUUGCUUAAAAAACGAAACGAGCUACUCGAGGCAGAAAGUGCGGAACUGGCAGAUCGGCUCGUUCGUGGACAAGUGUCAAGGGCCGAAGAAGAGGAAACCAGCUACGCCAUCCAGUCCGAACUGUUGGCCCUCCGGCGGGCACAUCUGGAAGUUUCACAUCAGCUAGAAAACGCAAAUGAGGAAGUGCGAGCGCUCAGUUUGCGACUACAGGAGAACAAUCCGGACAAUUCGCUCGAAUCCAACAACUCCCGACAGAACUCGUUUGAUGAGUUGAUUAUGAAAGAAGAAGCACUAAAGCAACGAGAUGAAAUGGUUUCAUGCCUUCUUGAAGAACUGGUCAAGGUGCGACAGGGGCUUGCCGAAAGUGAAGAUGUGAUUCGUAAUCUAAAGACUAAAAUCCAAGAGCUGGAAGAGGAUAAAAAACGCCUGCGCGAAACCACCACAGACAACUCGGUGGCACAUCUUCAGGACGAGCUGAUUGCGAGUAAAUUGCGCGAAGCAGAAGCAAGCUUAUCGCUGAAAGACCUUAAGCAGCGCGUGCAAGAACUGAGCACUCAAUGGCAGCGGCAACUUUCCGAGCAGCGCAACGAUCCAGCCCAAAGCAAUGACUCCGGCGCAAAGAAGCUGCUGUUUUGGGAGUCGGGCCGUUCGCAAGAUUUGCAAAAGCUCGAGGAGGAACUUAUGACGACGCGAAUACGGGAGAUGGAAACUCUAACCGAGCUGAAAGAACUUCGGCUGAAGGUGAUGGAGCUGGAGACACAGGUGCAGGUUUCGACGAAUCAACUUCGGCGACAGGACGAAGAAAGCAAGAAAGUUAAAGAAGACCUGGAAGAGGCGCUGGUUCGGGAACGUGAGCUCGCGAACAAAGCUCGCGAACAGCAGCACCGUUACUCCGAUCUCGAAUCUCGCAUGAAGGACGAGCUGAUGAAUGUGAAGAUUAAAUUUACCGAGCAAAGUCAAACGGUGGCGGAGCUGAAGCAAGAAAUUUCAAGACUGGAAACAAAGAACUCGGAAAUGCUGGCCGAGGGAGAGUUACGAUCGAAUUUGGAUGAAUCUGAUCGUGUGCGAGAUCUACAGGACAAGGUCGCCGAGCUAAAAGCUGAGCUGACUGCCAUCAAGAGCCGUGGAACGGCGUUGAACCUGCGGAAGAUCAAGAGCACGUCGAUACAGUCGAUCGAUUCGAAUGAGAUCGAUUUUGCCGAGAUACAGCUUUCGUCCAAAAUGAACAUUCCCGGACCACCGGCAGCAAAUUCUGGUUCUCCUUCGUGAAAACGCGUUUGUUCCCGUAACGCCACACACCCAUAUGCGAACGCACCCGCGUAAUUAAGCGCCAUGGAGUCGUCAAUUUGAGCAGCGAAUGUUUCUGUUGGUGUUCCAUCCAUUCGCGCUCUGCAACUUCAAUUGAACUGUCUCUCUCUUGCUCUAGUGCCGGGGAAUGCUAGACGGAUGCGUGAAAAGUGAUAGAAAUUACCGGGCUAGUAGAAAUAUGGAUUGUGAUGGAAGAAAAGCAUCGGGAAAUGGUUCCUCACAAGUAUGGUUUUAUAUUAAGCGCAUAAAUACUAAGACAAACAUUAGUGCGUAGAGCGAAAAGAAGCUACGUUGCACAACGUUGUGUUUAGUGUUCGCAAGGUACGCAUAACACUGCGUAUGUCCUAUAAAAUUAAACCGCAUAAGUUAUGUUAAACGCAUAUUCAGUACUAUGGCUUCUGGUCCCCGUACGUGAGCGAGAGAAGCUUUCGCUACGCCCUACUUCAGUUGUCAUUCUGUUUUAAAACGAAUGUUUGUUUGCUAACAGUUCCAUUCACCACACGCUUUUCUAGUGUGCAGGCAUUGUAAAUGUCUUGAGUUUAUUAUUCUUUUAACACUUACGUUAUUAUGUUUUUGUUUUCCUACUUUCUACUAUCUUUAUAGACUGCUGCACAAACUUGUCAGUAUUGCGUUAUACGUUCUAAACUAUUCUCCACAGUGCAAUAGGAUGUUUAUUUGUUAUGGCUAAUUUGAACUAAUUUAAAACGGCGUUGUUGUGUGUCAUGUGUCUUGCUUUCUAAAAACGAGAUCAUUUUGUCACAGACGAUCGCAAACCUUCAAUGCACGGGUGCACGCACACUGUUGCAACGCUAAAGGAAACAGUUGCUGUAAAAAGGUUUUACAUUUUAGUGUAAAGUAUAUUUCUGUUGCAGUUUGUACAUGUGUUUAGCUUCUGUUCUGUAUGAAUUUUGAAAUUUAUGUAAGUAAGAAAUUUGAAAUUUAUGUUAUAAAGUGCAUCAAAUAGUUGCAUGACGAUUGUAUAGCGUAUGUGCAGGAAGCAUGCAAGAGCAGGGAAAACUAUAAAACUUGCUGUAUGUUUAUGUAUUGUUUGAUGUUGCUUAUUUUAUUGAUUAUAAUCGAUGUUUUCUUAUUGGAUUCUUUUGCAAAAGCGUAGCACUGUGACGAGUCGUAGCUCUUAUCUCGGAUUUUCUUGAAUAACGCAAACGUGUGUUAGGAACAGUUAAAUUUAUGAAAACACCCUUCUUUUGUACACAAGGCGUAAAGACGAUAGAAACAAAAAGCAUCUCUUUGGAAAACCUCAAAGAAGUAUAAAAAUAAAAAAGAAAUUGACCGAUACCGUUUAGUGAUAGUAGUGUGUAGUUGAGUUGAGUUAACGAUUCAACAAAUUUGCUUACAUUGAAGAAUUGACGUAAACCCCGUAAACACUAGCGAACGUACUAAGAGAUGCAAAUUUAAAUGAAAACUUAACACAAACCUGAAACAGAAAUAGAAACACAGGUAAAAGGGUGCCAAACAGGAACGAUUGGAAGCGCGCGGAAGAAGCGAAUGAGAGAGGUGAAUAAUUUUGCGUGCAACAUUCACUGCGUCGGCUUUAGCCGGAUAAAUGUAAAACACUUGAAACGGAUCAGGUGUAACACCCACAGAGUCAGCACCGAAUCCUUUUUGCCCAACGAUACGUUGAAACAAUGCGUUACGUUUUCCCAAACCCCGGUAAAAAUAUACUAACAACAUUCAACUUUCUGCGAUAUUUAAUAAUUAGCUAACUAAGCAUAAACAGCAUUAAUGCAUUAAUAGCAUAACUUAUCUCAGUAGCGAUUUGUCCAUUCUCAUACAUUGCAUUGAUAUUCCAAAGUUCUAGCUCCGGAAGAAACAAGUAUAUGUUGCGAAAAAUAUUAAGAAAAAAGGCAAAAUAAACACAGAUUAGCAGUAGCGCGUACUUAAACGAUUCGGAUUUCGCCGUAAAACUGUAGCUACCACACUACCGAAACCGUUUGAUUAAAAAAUUUCGUUUGUUUUGCCAUGUGUUUCGCACUAGCGGUUUUUGGCUGCAAGGUUUGUCUGUUUGUGAGGCUUUGCGAAAAAGGGGGAAAGUAAUGUGAAUGGUAGGAAAGCAAAUCUUCUUACAACAUUCUUAAACACAAGACACGAACACAACACAAAAAAAACGAUCGCAGGGUAUCAUACCGGAAGUGUGAGAUGAUGGGCAGAUAGAAAGAAGGAGCACGCGCGUUAGAUUGGUGUGUAAAACCAAACAAGGGACACAAUUGUGGAAUAUCAAUUUUAUACAUCGUGUAGUACAUUUGCAACAAACCACACUUAUCAUUCAUAUAACAUUUGUUUUGUGUUUUCCAACAAGUUUACUGAGCGUUAGCAUUUUUGGGCCAUUGUGGCAUACAAGGUGAAACAAUGUCCAUCUGGCAGCCGAUGGAUGAGUGUAGUAGCGUGAAGAAAAUAUGGUAAACUAAACUCAUCACUGUUUCUUUGUCAAGUGGUUGUUGCAGAGACGAGAGAGAGAGAGACACGAAAACACGAAACGUAUAUUAGUUCAUACCUUGCAGUGGUAAUCGAAACGUGUGUUAAACCAAUAGGAAAAUGGAAAAUGAUACGAUAAUAAAGUAAAACGUAAAAGAA